GGCGGGCUCGGGGCUCCGCGGGUCCCCGCCGGGCCGCCCGUGCGUCCUCCCGCCGCCGGGGGCCGCUGUGAGCCGCAGCGUGCCGGGUGCAGAGGCGGUGGCGGCCGCCGCGCGCCUGCAGGGAUUCCUGCUUGUGAGCGGGCCCAGCAACCCCCAUCCGACACCGCGCCGCCGCCGCCGCCAUGGCUACAAAAGACCCAACUGCUGUAGAAAGGGCAAACUUGUUAAACAUGGCGAAACUGAGCAUCAAAGGACUCAUUGAAUCAGCUCUAAGCUUUGGGCGCACCCUGGACUCCGACUACCCUCCCUUGCAGCAGUUCUUCGUGGUUAUGGAACACUGUCUAAAACACGGCCUGAAAGUAAGAAAAUCGUUUUUGAGUUAUAACAAAACCAUUUGGGGCCCUUUGGAACUGGUGGAGAAGCUGUACCCAGAAGCAGAGGAAAUCGGAGCCAGUGUCCGGGAUUUACCUGGCCUUAAAACCCCCUUGGGUCGUGCAAGAGCAUGGCUUCGAUUGGCUCUCAUGCAAAAAAAAAUGGCUGAUUACCUGCGCUGCUUAAUCAUUCAAAGGGAUCUCUUCAGUGAAUUCUAUGAGUACCAUGCCCUAAUGAUGGAAGAAGAAGGCGCAGUAAUCGUUGGGCUGCUGGUCGGCCUGAAUGUGAUAGAUGCUAAUCUGUGUGUGAAGGGAGAGGAUUUAGACUCACAGGUUGGGGUGAUUGAUUUUUCCAUAUAUUUAAAGAAUGAAGAAGAUACUGGAAAUAAAGAAAGGAAUGUUCAAAUUGCUGCCAUCUUAGACCAAAAGAAUUAUGUUGAAGAAUUAAAUAGACAACUCAACAGCACAGUCAACAGCCUCCAUUCAAGAGUCGAUUCAUUAGAAAAGUCAAAUACUAAGCUGAUUGAAGAGUUAGCAAUAGCAAAGAAUAAUAUCAUUAAACUCCAAGAAGAAAACCAUCAGUUACGAAAUGAAAAUAAGUUGAUUUUAAUGAAAACACAGCAGCAUCUAGAGGUUACAAAGGUGGACGUGGAAACUGAGCUUCAGACAUACAAGCAUUCCCGGCAAGGUCUAGACGAAAUGUAUAAUGACGCCAGAAGGCAGCUUCGGGAUGAGUCACAGUUGCGACAGGAUGUGGAGAAUGAACUUUCAGUACAAGUUAGUAUGAAACAUGAGAUUGAACUUGCCAUGAAGUUGUUGGAGAAGGAUAUCCAUGAAAAACAAGAUACUCUGAUAGGUCUUCGGCAACAACUGGAGGAAGUUAAAGCAAUUAACAUAGAGAUGUAUCAAAAGUUGCAGGGCUCUGAAGAUGGUUUGAAAGAAAAAAAUGAAAUAAUUGCCCAACUAGAAGAAAAAACCAAUAAAAUUACUACAGCCAUGAGGCAGCUGGAACGAAGAUUGCAGCAAUCAGAGAAGGCGCAAAUGGAAGCUGAAGGUGAGGACGAGAAGUUUCUACAGGAAUGUCUGAGCCAAUCCGACAGUCUGCAGAGACAAAUCUCUCAAAAGGAGAAGCAGCUGGCACAGCUGGAGACCGAUUGGAAGAUUGAGAAGGAGUGGAGGCAGACCUUGCAGGAAGAUCUUCAAAAGGAGAAGGACGCCUUAUCUCAUCUUAGACUCGAGACCCAACAAAUUCUGAGUCUUAAAAAAGAGUUCCUUAAACUCCAGGAUGAAAACCAGCAGUUGAAAAAAAUAUACCAGGAACAAGAGCAAGCUCUUCAAGAACUUGGCAACAAACUGAGCGAGUCCAAACUUAAAAUAGAAGAUAUAAAAGAAGCCAACAAGGCACUGCAGGGACUGGUUUGGCUGAAAGACAAAGAAGCAACACAUUGUAAGCUUUGUGAAAAGGAAUUCUCACUCUCUAAGAGAAAGCACCACUGUAGAAACUGUGGGGAAAUCUUCUGUAAUGCCUGCUCUGACAACGAACUGCCUUUGCCUUCUUCACCAAAGCCAGUCCGAGUCUGUGACUCCUGUCACGCACUGCUCAUUCAGAGAUGCUCAUCUAACUUGCCCUAGGACUCCACAACCAAAUCCUUCCCUAUCAAAGUACUUGCAAUGAAUGCUGUCUGUGACCAUGCAUACAAGACAUGGCAGCUACUGCAUCUUCAUGUGUCACAAACUCUACAUCUGCUUCUCCUGUUGCUCUGCCAUCAGCUCCAAUAUCAAUAUGAAC